UGUCAGCCAGUGUGUGUGCACAGCUUAGAAGGGCUGAGGGUACUGUGUUUGGUUUAAGGUAAACCCCAGAGAAACACUGCAAGCAUGGCUGCCGCGCAUCGUUUGGUUAUUGUGCGCCACGGUGAAAGCGCCUGGAACCAAGAGAACCGCUUCUGCGGCUGGUUCGAUGCUGACCUCAGUGAGAAGGGUCUGGAGGAGGCUAAGCGUGGAGCCAAGGCCAUCAAGGAAGCAGGCAUGAAGUUUGAUGUGUGCUACACCUCCGUGCUGAAGCGUGCCGUCAAGACCCUGUGGACCAUCAUGGAGGGCACAGACCAGAUGUGGCUCCCUGUGAUCCGCACCUGGCGCCUGAACGAGCGCCACUACGGAGGCCUCACUGGUCUCAACAAGGCCGAGACAGCUGAGAAGCACGGUGAGGAGCAGGUGAAGAUCUGGCGCCGUUCCUUUGACAUCCCACCUCCCCCCAUGGACAAGGACCAUCCUUACCACAAAAUCAUCAGUGAGUCCCGGCGCUACAAGGGCCUGAAGGCCGGUGAGCUGCCCACAUGUGAGUCACUGAAGGACACCAUUGCCCGUGCCCUGCCUUUCUGGAACGACGUGAUUGCUCCUGAAAUCAAAGCUGGAAAGAACGUUAUCAUCGCUGCCCACGGCAACAGCCUCCGUGGCAUCGUCAAGCACUUAGAGGGUAUGUCUGAUGCAGCCAUCAUGGAGCUGAACCUGCCCACAGGAAUCCCAAUUGUGUAUGAGCUUGAUGCACACCUGAAGCCCAUUAAGCCCAUGGCUUUCCUUGGUGAUGAAGAAACCGUAAAGAAGGCCAUGGAGGCUGUGGCUGCCCAGGGCAAAGCCAAGAAGUAAACCUGCUCUGGAGGCUCCAUGAGGAGGCAGAAAAAGAGACUGUUCCCCCUUUGUCCUUCAACCUUUCGUCCUACCCAUUUAUCCACCUUUGUAGUCCAUUCCAACUGGGGAAAUCUUUAAUGGUUCUUUUGGAGUCGGGCCAUUUUCAGCACAUUAGCCCUGUUUGUUUAAAUGACAGACAGAGGGAUGACCUGUCAAUUCAAACAGACAGCCUGGCCUCAUAUUUUAUGCAGCCAUACAUCACUCAGCCCUUUUAAAUUGUGAUCAGGCCCUAUUUUGAGGGCCCCACCACCCUGGCACAACCAAUAAAGAAACCAUAUUUUUAUGUA